AUGGAAAGAGACGGUAUCCCACUCGGGCCUGCAUCUCCAGAUGGAGUAGACUGGACCCAGGAUAUUCCAGAUAGUGAUCAUGCCCGCUUCUUCAGAUCUUUCCCGUGGCAUUACACGUCGCUUGGCCCUGUCGAGUCUUGGGGAGUCACACUUCGUCUCUAUACGUACCAAGUCUUUGCUGACAAUCGUCCCGGUUGCAUUUAUUGGGGUCCGGACAAAAUCGCAAUCUACAAUGAAGCUUUCGUUGAAGCUGCCGGACGCUCUCACCCUUUCCUGAUGGGACACGGUUUUGCAGAGGUAUACCCAGAGAUCGUGGACAACAUCAUGCCCGUCUUUGAUAUGGCAACGCAAACGAAGAAAGCUGUCCCAGUAGUGGAGAUUCCUCUGAUGGUCAAGCGAAAUAACUUUCUCGAGGAGACAUUUUUUACUGGCAACUUCAAUCCUCUUCGCGGAGACGACGGACGAGUCCAGGGAUUUUACAACUCAUUGGCCGAGGUCACCAGACAGAAAAUUACUGACCGCCGACGAAACAUGCUGAAUUUGAUUGCUGCUCUUCCGGAAGGCUGUACCUCUGACACUAUUGGGUCUCAUCUUAUCAGUUGUUUCCGCACGAAUCCAUUGGACGUCCCCCUGGCUUUAGUCUGGUCGUCGGAAAAUCACAGCGCACCUUCGACCAAAGGUUCUCAGAAAAUCAAAUUAUCUGGAAGCAUUGGAAUACCGGAAGACCACAAACUUGCCGAAGGGCAAGGAUCUCUCGAUAGCGAGGAGGGCAUCUACCCCCUCCUGCAGGCGGCAAGGGACCAUCCGGUCACAUCGCCAUGCGGGCCAGAAUUUGACGGAGUGCAAUGGCAGGGCUUCGAAGAACCAUCACAACACAUCUGCGCUAUACCAUUGUCGAACGCUGGCCGCCCGUAUGGCUUCUUGAUGAUCGGAACCAAUCCAAGGAGGCCGAUCGAUGACGACCACGAACAAUUUAUGCGCGAUCUUUCGUCACAGCUGUCCUCGUCUAUAGGCUUCCUAAUAUCCACAGAGGAGUCGACAGCACGCCAGUCCCGUCUGGAAACUAAGUUGGCUGCUAGUGAACACCAUAUGAGAUACAUGGCCGACCAUCUGGACAUUGGCCUUGAACAUCUAAGUCUGGACGGGAACGUCCUGUGGGCCAACGAACACUACUUCAAAAUCAUUGGGCAGGAGCCCACGUCUGGAUUUUCAGAGCUGCAUCUGCCUUUCAAAGCUCAUGUCUUGGAAGAAGAUCAAGCAAAGAUAUUUGCCGCAUGGGAGGCGGUAGCAGCAGGUGCCCCAACCUACACAACUGAGUUCCGGAUGAACAGACUGUGGACUCCACCACUCGGACCUCCCAUACCCGCGACUGUACUCAUCUCGGCUGUUCCAUACAAGGAGGACGGAGAGAUCAAGUCCGUUAUGGCUUGUAUGACGGAGGUGAGCCGUCUGAAGUGGGCCGAAGCAUGGCAAGCUCGCGCUGCCCAAGAAGCUCAAGAAGCCAAACGGCAGCAAAGUGAGUUCACCGACGCGAUAUCACACGAGGUCCGCAACCCUCUAUCGGCUAUGCUGCAAUUAGCCAAUGGUAUUGCUGCGUCGCUGGACGAUCAUCAGGACUCGGACGCCACCGCGGACCACUAUUUGCAUAUCAUACAAGACAACAUAGAAGCAGCCAAGACGAUCAUCUUUUGUGCGGACCACCAGAAAAAGAUCGUGGACGAUGUCCUUGUCUUGUCAAAGAUGGAUUUCAUGCUUCUAUCUUUGUCGCCAAGCCCGGUCAAGCCUCUAGAUCUUGCUGAGAAUGCUGUGAAGAUGCUUCAGGCCAACAUCACUGCGGCAGACAUAGACAUGAAGAUUGAGGCACACAAGUCAAUCGAUGAGCUAGGACUCAAUUGGGCACUGUGCGAUCCUCUGAGGGUGACUCAAAUCCUGAUUAAUCUUCUGUCGAACGCGAUCAAGUUUACAAGGUUGGAGCGCCAUCGCUGCGUGACUGUUCGAUACGGAGUAUCACUGGAAGAGCCAAAGGACUCAAUCGGAAUGGGCCUUGUUUGGGCAGAUUCGAAACGCCAACACGAAGACGUCACUUUAGCAGAAGAAUGGGGAGAUGGCGAGCAGAUCUAUCUAAGUUUCUGCGUCACCGAUACUGGACCAGGAAUGACCGAAGAAGAACGUUGCCGACUAUUUCAAAGAUUCCAACAAGCAAGUCCCAAGACUUCAAUCAAGUAUGGAGGUAGCGGACUAGGGCUCUUCAUAUCCCACACACUUUCCGAGAAGCAAAAUGGAAGCAUGGGCGUAGUUUCAGAGCCAGGACAAGGAAGUACUUUCGCUUUCUACAUCAAGGCUCGCCGCAUGCCGAAUCCACCCACACCGUCUUCGGAACCAUCUCUCAGAUUGACACAAGAACUGGAUAAUUUAAUCAAUCAGGCGAUCUUGAAGAAACAACUGGUGAAAGCCGGCUGCAUCGUCUACGUCGCGAACCAUGGACUGGAGGCACUGGAAACAUUACGCCGCGCUGACGUGUGGGAAGAAGCAGCUGGUGCUGGUCACAAGCUAGAUAUCGUAUUAAUGGAUCUGGAGAUGCCAGUCAUGGAUGGUCUUUCCGCCUGCAGGGAAAUUAGGUCCAUGGAAGCAGCAGGCAAGUUGACGAGGCACUUGGAGGUGAUUGCGAUCACUGCAAACGUGCGAAAGGGACAGGUUGACCGUGCGCUGGCUGCAGGAAUCGACGCGGUUAUGCCGAAGCCUUUCUUGGUGUCCGAUUUGCUCACAACGAUCAAGGCGCGACUUGGAAGAUGA